AUGCCAGUCGCUGAAACUCCUGCUGUUGAAGCACCAGUAACACCCUCUUCCAAUGUGGCUACUGACGGUAACGGCCAUGUCCAAAAUGGACCACCAAUUCCUGGACCACUCGGCAUUGAGAGCGCGAGUCUCAAAGGCAAGGUGGCACUUGUCACAGGCGCAGGACGAGGGAUUGGCCGUGAGAUGGCGUUGGAGCUUGGACGGCGAGGCGCGAAAGUCGUUGUCAACUACGCCAAUUCAGAUUCUUCUGCAAUGGAAGUAGUCAAUGCAGUCAAGUCAUUCGGUAGUGAUGCUAUCGCUAUCAAAGCCAACGUGACGGUGGUCAAAGAAAUCAUUGCAAUGUUCUCGCAAGCCGUCGCCCACUUCGGUGAGCUUAACAUCGUCUGCUCCAACUCGGGAGUCGUAAGUUUCGGCCACAUCAAGGAUGUCACGGAGGAGGAGUAUGACCGGGUUAUGAAUACCAAUACUCGUGGCCAGUUCUUCGUUGCUCGAGAGGCGUACAAGCACCUUUCGAUCGGUGGCAGACUUAUCCUGAUGGGUAGCAUUACGGGUCAAGCAAAGGGCGUCCCGAGACAUACUCUAUACUCAGGCAGCAAGGGCGCCAUUGAGACUUUCACCCGCUGCAUGGCGAUUGACAUGGGCGACAAGAAGAUCACGGUCAACUGCGUGGCGCCCGGCGGCAUCAAGACCGACAUGUACCAUGCGGUCUGCCGCGAGUACAUCCCGGACGGCGACAAGCUCACCGACGACGAGGUCGACCAGUACGCCAUGACCUGGAGCCCGCUACACCGCGUCGGCCUCCCGAUCGACAUCGCCCGCGUGGCAUGCUUCCUGGCCAGCCAGGAUGGCGAGUGGGUCAACGGCAAGGUCAUAGGCUUGGAUGGCGCCGCGUGUAUGUAG